GUGUUGCUGGCGGAACAGCAUCUGGGAAGACAACCGUUUGCAAUAUGAUUAUCUCCCAGCUCCAUGAUCAACGCGUUGUUCUUGUAAAUCAGGAUUCGUUUUAUAAGACUCUCAACGAUGAGCAAUUGCGAAAUGUUCACGAGUACAACUUUGAUCAUCCGGAUGCCUUCAACACAGAGCUUUUGCUUUCUUGCAUGGAAAUCCUGAAACAGGGGCACCCAGUUAGCAUCCCCCAUUAUGAUUUCAAGACUCAUAAAAGCACUGAAGGGGCUCGCCAGAUUAAUCCCUCAGAUGUGUUCAUUUUGGAAGGAAUACUAGUACUUCAUGAUAACCGUGUUCGUGAACUCAUGAACAUGAAGAUCUUUGUUGACACAGAUUCUGAUGUGCGUUUAGCACGAAGAAUCCAACGCGACAAUGUCGAAAGAGGAAGAGAUGUCGAAAAUGUGCUUAAUCAAUAUGCUAGAUUUGUAAAGCCUAGUUUUGAAGAAUUUAUACUGCCAUCGAAAAAGCAUGCCGACAUUAUCAUCCCUAGAGGGGGAGACAAUGAUGUGGCAAUCGACUUGAUAGUUCAACAUAUUCGUACAAAGCUUGGCCAGCAUGACCUCUGUAAAAUAUAUUCAAAUGUUUUCGUUAUUCUCUCAACAUUCCAGCUUCGCGGUAUGCACACCCUUAUACGAGAUGCUAAAACGAAAAAGCAUGAUUUUGUUUUCUACGCUGAUCGACUUAUUCGUUUGGUUGUAGAGCAUGGCCUAGGACACCUUCCUUUCACUGAGAAACAAGUCAUUACUCCAACAGGAUCUGUAUACACUGGAGUUGUCUUCUGUAAAAGGUUAUGCGGGGUCUCAAUCAUUAGAAGUGGGGAAAGCAUGGAGAAUGCAUUAAGGGCAUGUUGUAAGGGAAUCAAAAUUGGCAAAAUCCUUAUCCACGGAGAGGGUAGCAAUGGACGGCAGUUAAUAUAUCACAAACUACCCACAGAUAUCUCAAGCCGUCAUGUGCUAUUGCUUGACCCCAUUCUGGCUUCUGGAAACUCCGCUGUCAAAGCCAUAUCUCUACUUCUGAGUAAGGGCGUUCCAGAAAGUAACAUCCUCUUUCUCAACCUCAUAGCUGCACCUCAAGGAAUUCAUGCUGUCUGCAAGAAAUUUCCGAAGCUAAAAGUUGUGACAUCGGAGAUUGAUGCGUCACUGGAUGAACAUGCUCGAGUGUUGCCAGGCAUGGGGGAGUUUGGCGACCGAUACUUCGGUACAGGUUACAACUACAAUACCGCUUUCAAGACUCAGUCUAUCUCACUACCUAUUAGUUUGGGAACACCAAAAUGACAGAAUAAAUUACAAUAACACAUCUGGAUUAGUUACAUAUAAAUGCAGAGGAUGAAAUUUUGUUCAAUCAAAAAAUAUAAUAUCAAUACUACUAAAUUCGG